ACUCGCUUGGUGGCAACUCUCGCACCGUCAUGGUGGCCAACAUCGGUCCGGCUUCUUACAACUACGAUGAGACAUUGAAUACUCUGCGCUACGCGAACCGAGCAAAGAACAUUAAGAAUCGACCACGCAUCAACGAGGACCCCAAGGACGCCUUGCUACGACAGUAUCAGAGCGAGAUAGAGCGCCUUAAGAGUCUUCUACAGCAGAAGGCUAUGUCAUCGGCGCCGAGGUCGAUUAGAUCGCGGCGUCGCAAAGGCGCCCGGGUGCGCCGAAAGAUCACUCUGGAGGAUGGUGAGUUAACAAACAAAAAUUAG